AUGGCCUUUCGACAUGGAUCUGCGUCUGAAUAUACUUCUGCACUUGCUUCAACUGCACCUGCAUCUGUGGUAUCUGCAAAUGUCAAGGCAUCCGGUGCAGUGCUGUACCCUCCGCUUCCUCCCCUAACGCCAAAAAAGGGGCGUGCAAAUGCUGGUGACUUUGACACAUGGUUCCUCGACCUCUCCAACGAUUAUAACCUCCACCUCCGUCGCCCCGAUCCGAAACUGUCCCGCCAGCAACAGAAAGCCCGGCCUGACUACCAUGAGCUCGUGUUCUACGAACGCCUCCGCUUCCAUUUCUUCGAAGGCAAUGGUGACGACAUCCGUGAUCGCUUCCGCCAAGGAGCCUAUGACAUCCAUUGCAGAUGGGUCAAGAAGCCCCGCGGGGAGCCCGGCGUGACGCCAUCUAUGACGGACCUGCCCUAUGCUACAACCGAACCCGAGCGGAGACAGCUGAUAGAUCUACUCAGAUCCGUUCUCGACAGCCGCACCCCGACCAAGUCAUCCCGUUCUUUCACUCAAAGCCCUGCGCAAACGCCACUCUCGAUCUCCAGGGCAAGGAGCCCCUUGUCGCGGUCAAGGAACCUGCCUACAGAAGCCCCCCCAUCCCCUUCGCUCGGUCGUCGACCAAAACGCCGUUCCGACGAGUGGGAAGCCAGCACAACUACCGCAAAGAAGUCCAAGAGUAGUACUGAAGACGUGAGGCCAAUCAGCGUCCUGUCCAAUUCCGAAGGUGGUAAGUAUAGGCCUAUCUCCCCUUUUUCCAAACCGGCACCAUCGCUUCAAGUACGUGAGCUGCGGUCUGUGCCGAAGGGAGGCUUGUACGAGCAACCCACAUCAGUCAAUACGAGCAGAUCAUCGUUCGUGUCCAAAGUCUUUUCAGAAGAAGAUGAGCUCAAUCCCUUUCCGGCUACGCAAGAGACCGAGGUCACGGUUGAGGCGGCUACUUCUCACCUGAAGAUGCAGCGCUCGUCUCGAGCUGCUGACUCAGACUCACUGGCCCCAUCUUCCAGUACUGAAAAUGCGCUCAACAUUUCCUUCAACGAGCAUCAUGGACUCGAGCAUAAAGGCAACGAACAACACAUCAGAAGCAGCGGGUCGACGAAUGCGUAUUCAGAUUUCAGUCUCUCGCUGGAUCUCGAACUCGGUCAAUACGACCUUCCGCCGAAGACCAGCACGUCCCCUGUCAAGAGCCCUGGCACCAGGGUGCAGGAAGCCGAUCAGCGACUGCUAGAUGUAUGGCCUGCCCUUCCGUCUCAUCUUCAUGAUGCCCCUCUGGCAGUGCGGUGGGAGAUCCUUCGGGUCGCUCUCUACUGUGGGGUAGACAUGGCAGGUAUACGCUUCCAAUACGAUGCAGUCUUGGAUAGCCAGGAUAAGCUAUGGGAGCGACUUCGAAAACUACCUAUUUUCGAUGGCAAGGCCUUCCCAGAAAGGUCGCGACCUGAAGCUUGGGUAGCGGCCGUGGAAAAGCACUUCUGCACCGUCGAUCAAGUGGUGGUACUUGCCGCUUCUCUGACAGUCAAUACGUCGAAAACUGGGCCCCAGUUUCUCCUUCAACUCCAGCCUUUGAAACUUGAUCAACCGCAUAGACUAAACCGCCGAUUCGGAUCUGAUCGGUUUCUCGAACUCGUCGUGCCAACGAGGUCUUCCCCCGAAAUGAGGAACCUUGGGGAAUCUGUUUUGAAUGACUAUCAUCGGUGGCUGGUCAGGGAAUCGCAUUUGAUCCUUGGUCGAAUAUGGACGUCCUUCUGCGUCAAGGAUUCCACGCCCAAGAAGAUCAACAAUGACAAUCCUCUGCGGCCUGAAACGAAGCUGAUUCAACAAGAAAGAGUGUACAUGUUUGCUGAGGAUGGCAAUGAUUUUGCCCUCCCGGCAAUUGGACAAUUAUCCCUGAAAGGUGAAUCAUGCAAGUCCCAUACAAGAAUGGGGCGCGCCGCGCUCCUCGAAUGGCUCCUCCAAGUAUCUCAAAAUCAGACGCAACCGAAGUUUAAGCUGUUUGCACGAAUCACACUAGGUCUUAGUCGCACGCGUCCUACUGCUGUUCUUCAGCCAGACCAGAUCCGGCAUCGAUCCCAAGACGUUACCUCCCCCACCGGCAAAGUGAUGAAUGACGGCAUUGCUCGCAUGUCGCCUGCCCUCGCGCGGCUAGUUCGUGACAUCAUGGGCCUGUCUGACACCCCAUCUGGAUUCCAGGGCCGAUUUGGCAGUGCAAAAGGCAUGUGGAUACGAGAUACGACGGAAACUACAGAUGCUAUUUGGAUCGAGACGACUCCUUCGCAACGGAAAUGGACUUGCGACUAUGCUGAAGAGGAUCAUCGAACUUUCGAAGUUCGCAAUGAGAUCAGUGAGCUGAAAUCUGCGAACCUGAACCUCCAAUUGCUCCCUGUUCUUGAAGAUAGAGCGAUCGAUGCGUCUCGGAUGAAGAUACGGGUGGGCGAGUUCAUGAGAGAAAGCCUGCUUCGGGAGAUGGAAGCCCAGAAGCUUGCCAUGCAAGAUCCCACACAGUUCAGACAGUGGGUCUACGAGAACUCGCCUGCCAGUCGUCGACAAGAACGUGUUAGACUCGGACAGGUUUCAUGGUCUGCUGGGCUCCCGGUAAGCCGAGAAGAUCAGAUGGAACUUCUCUUGACAGCAGGCUUCGAUCCAACGAAGCUAGACUUCCUACGGAAGAUCGCAUACGACCUCCGAAGACAGAAAUGCGAAGAGCUGCAGACCAAACUCAAUGUCAAGAUUGGGCGAUGUAAGUAA